AUUUCGAAGGCCUUUGGUUCGUUGGUCUGUCCAAUUUCAUGGAGCCUGAUUCACUCCAUGGCUGCUACAAUAACGACCAACAGUCGUGCGAGUGCCUGUUCUGUUGUUGGCCUUGACUUACACGAACAAACCUCUCUCUUCAACCCAACUGAACAACGCAACAACUGCACAAAUCCCUCCCACAUUCAACCCUUCACAACAAAACAAGGCCAAGAACCUUUCAACCUUGGCCGGAUAACAACCCGAAAGCCACACCUUGAGACGAUUAAGCUUAUUUGAACCAAGCGAGUUCCCUAGCGAGUCCACCAAUCAUGCACCAAAAUCCCACCCACGGAGUCUUGACCCCCUUGUCGCCACAUGAGAUAACGAUCGUUACGGUGGCUUACAGGGGGGUUGGCACCCACUUUCCGGUCCCUGGCAGGGCCUGAAGCUACGGUGACUGUCACCCGCGUGUGCCGAUUGGUAUGCUCCCACGACGUCAUGAAUUUGAUGCUUGCAAGUGCGGCUCGUUCAAGACCACAUCACCGGCUUUUCUAUCUGGCUUCCUUCUUCUUCAAUUACAUACCUCUCCUUUUACUUUUAAGGUGUCUCUUGUUUGAUCAAAAGAGACUCUGUCAUUCAGGAUUUCCAGGUUGGCCCCAUCGUGGCAGGAACGCGGUUGCGUGCCCACUUCCCGUUCUUCUAGAUGUCUUUUCCCUGCUCGACUUCUCUUCUUCCUCAACUCAUUCUGCCUCCUCCUCGAUCUUCUCUCCGGCCUUCUUCACCUUGGAUCUGCUACGCCAAUUCUCGCCAAUUCUCGCCAAGCUUUCACCUCAACACAGAGCGUACCAGCCAGUCCCCCUUAAGUUCGCUUGCAGCUCCGCCCCUGCCGACCUCGACAAUUCCGCGGACACCACACACCAAUCCAACCACCACCACCAACAGCAAAUCGCAGCAAACUACAGCAAAUUCUGCCUCAUCCCACUCGGCCGAGAGAUUAUCAAUCCUUCCCUAUCUAAUCUCAUUUCCAACCCUCCGACAACCUUGCAGUUCUAUGGGUCAAUAUGACGCUGGUGUGGAUCAACAACUGGAUCCCGGUUCUCUCGGCUUGGGAGGACUCCAAUAUCAGUGGCCAACAAGAGAACUUCUCUGAAAGGGGCUUCUUUUGCGAGUCAAGUCUCAGUUAAGGUAUCUUGAAAGAGGGGACUCUUUUAAAGGAGUUUGUUCUGGCCCCUGUUGCUUGAGAAAAAACUCCUCAAUGGCACCCCCAAAUUUAUGAUAUCUUACCCGAGUCUGAUCAAGUUUCUGGUUUUUUUUUUUGCCUUCCCUAGACAAGCCGUUCACAGUGAUGAGACCUACAAUUGGAGAAAGAAGGUGCUGUUGCUUUGACGUUUAUUCGUGUGGCUAAUUGUUGCUUCUGUCUCGUGUUUGCCUCGACACACCAAGAUGUUGAGAAUCCUUCCUCCAACGAGCUUUGAGAGACGCCCUCCAACUCGCGCGGCUAAACCAUGUUCCCCGCCUUCUGGGACUCUUUCGUCCUUGCAAGCUUAUAUCUCCACCUGGCGGCCUCCCAUCUGAGCGACUAGAGACAGCCCUUCUUAUACCCGACCAUCUCACGCCCAGAGUUCGCCAUGCCAGACAAGAUUUCAACUUCAAUCGCCAAGAUUUACAGCCUCCACCGGAUUCGAUCGAUACACUUGGUAUCACUCUUCUCGACAAUGGCAACCUGAAACCAAUUCUAAUCUAUUCCAACUCCGAAGCUCGUUGUCUUUCGUAUCUCGCCAGCGACUUGUAUCGUUAAUCAUGUAUCGAGACUCUUCCAAUGAGAAUAUUCGUUGUCAACGCCUGCUCGAUGGCAGCAUUACUUCCAUUGCUUCUGUUUUCGGCCCUGGUCCUGGAUUGAGCACCAUUGACAUCAACCUGGUGCAUCCCCCUGGACAUUGAGGCUGGUGUCGAGAACUGUGUUAGCCUGUGCUUGUGUCCGGUAGUGCCUGGCCAUGCGUGCAACGAGGCAAAGGCAAAGCUACCUUUUAUGGUGUUGUUCAGUUAACUCAACGCCUUCAAAAACUCCGUUCUCCUUCCGCUUCUUGGUAUCUCUUUUUACGAAUUCGCCGCCAGACUCCUCAACCAUAUUCCCUCGAUGGACUGUGUUGUCAAAUAUGUACGUUGGUAUGGAUACUUGUUGUGCCGUAUUCCAGCUGUAUCCGCUCUUCUGGCUUCAUGGAGAUGUCGAACUUAUUCGACUGGGGGUUGUAUGUGACGACGCUGGCGAACUCUGUCCCAGUAUUGACGGGCUCGGUACACGAAGGCUAUCGGCAUUUGAAUGUGUGCGGUGGUGCUUGUUCUUGUCAGGUUCUUGAUGUACGCUCGCUGUCGCAAGAACUGAGAGUUUAUCGAGGGGAUUGGGGUCUGGCCUACCCUGACCGAGGACGAGAGCUGGCAACGCUGGCAGAAUGGGUGGUUGAGGUCGAGGUUGCAACAGCGGUUGACGCUGCUCUACUGGUAAAGGAAGUGCUGGCCCACUGGAAAGACCAGCUUUUCGAGCGUCUCUCUUGAUUCCUACGACGGCGUCCACCACAUCUCGAGUACUCGUGUUUUCUGGUGCGAUAUGGGGAGGCGGUAACGCUGACCUCGGAGGUUCUGCUGAGUGUCCUCUUGACAGAGGUUGGAGAGGAAUCUUAGGUGCAGCGGCGAGAAGCGGUUGGCCAGAUGUUGACUGCGAAAUCGUUGCCUUUGCGGCUUCGGAAGCGGGUUGGUCUGGAAAGCUCUGCAAGAACUUUUCAACAUCCUCAUUGGUGAUACCGUGGUACCCUAGCAGGAUUUUUAGGCGUGAGUUUUCGACAGCAACACUGCGGGCUGCUUGUUGCAUCUCCAACGUCGCUUCAACACCUCGGCGCUCAUAGUCUUGAAGCUUCUUCUGCAGACCUUCGACGUACUCCUUGUGUCGUGCACGGGACCGUCGUUGAUUGUCACGAAUCCGGACAGCUGAUGGGUUGGUCGAGCCCUCCUUCUGCAGGGGAAUGUGUCAGACAAAGUACACUGCAAAACGGGACGAACCCAGCUGGCGACAAAGGCAAGCAAGAUGAGGAUCAGAACUCACCUUUCCUCCUGUCAUAUUGGCAAAUACAGUUCAUCUGGAUGCCGAUCCAAAGUCUAAGCUACGUCAAUGAUGGCAGCGAAAGCCAGCCCAUAUGAGACUCGAGCUCUUCUUGAUGUAGGUACCGUUUGACUCGCCAAGCAGGACGCGCGUUGAUGGCCAAGCACUGACUUCUUGGCGAAAGAUCCAUGUCCUGACGGUGCAGAUCCAGCCGAUGUCAAGGAACGCUAGCGCCAGUCAUGUUUAAACAUAUUGAACCAUGGCAACCCUAUCACGACUUCGUGCGUUGCAUUGCUCAAUCGGACCUGUUGACUUUAUUGGUCUUUUUUUCGAGAUGAACUCCAAAGCUUAACACACCCAGAGUUUCCUGAAGUUCUCUACAAUAAUUACAGCAAUCCAAAGCGACCCGACCGUCUCACGCAAAGACUCAAAUCACAAUCUGCCUGUGAAACGUUGCUUACAGGCAGAAGCUGGUGGAUACACAUGUCGAGUUUUCCGCCCUAACCUCCCUUGACUGAAUAAGACCCGAGUGUUACAGGGAGCUGCAGGGAGCUACAGGGAGCUCUGUCUCUGAUUGCGGGAUGCCCAGAGGACUAGGCGCCCCAUAAUUCUCAACGCAUUGCUGCUGGGCUCGCAGCUGCUGCGCCACGGUCUUUCGGUCCAGCCGACCGCCAAGCAAGCCUCUCGGCUCCUCAUAGCCGAUUAAGCUGCGAUGUUGACGAUUUAAGGUGAUGAAGGGCAAGCUUGAGACCAAUCUCCUUGGAGGAGAGACCACUGUUGCAGGUCGGUGAGCUCAGGGACAGAAUGUCGAUUGAUGAGUCUAGGCCCUGCAAGGUCUGCCAAGACCAGGUCUGAACUCCUUGGGCGUAGGAGCUGUCACUGAAGGAUUCCCCUUCGUCGGAAUGAUAUCUGUUGGGUUUACGAGCUGACCAAACAAUGACAUGGUGUUCUUGGCCAUGCUGAACCGAGGCUGAAUAUGCAACAUCAUCAUCAGCUUGGCCAAGGUAUUCCCUACAUCAUACAAAAAGGUCGUAGGAGUUUCCGCACUUGAUAGACAAAGACAAGCGGAGCCCAUUGUCAGAGUGUCAAGGUCAAGAGUCGAGACCUCAGCAGCCAAGACUUGGCUCCAAUCGAUCAAGACUGUUCAACAGCUACAACUUGCACAAAGUGGCUGUGUACGUGCCGACUUUCCCAUAUGCCCCGCGGUCCCGCUUGGCAAGUCUCAUGAGAUAGUUAUUACCGCCGGCCAAGUACGAGCGUUGUAUUACUGGUAUCAGCGAUCCAAGAUGAUUCCACUCCACGGAAAUUGCUCCCUAUCAACAGCAACCACCCCCCGGCACUCUCUGACUGAAAUGGCGUGCGCUAAUCCGAGCAUCCUUUUUGCUGCUACCUUAGCUAGCUCCCCACACUCCCAGACUCAGCCGGCAGUGCCUUAUUUACGGGGUUUAGAGCGGCUAGUUAGUAUACGAAGGUCUAAAAGGCACAGGAACACUUGAAUGUCAUUCGUGACUUCGUACACAAGGUUUGUCAAUCUGGAUAAAUUGUGCCGUGCAAAGCUUUACUCGUUUCAGUAUGUGAUUUGCACAAGUCCCGAUCAACCACGUGGAAAUACAAUCAGCCCACUGGAUCAAUAUGAGCAAAUUUCGGUCUUUUACGAGUUACAUGGUACUUAUCAAAUGACUGAGUAUUCAUUCGGGUCAUUGUUAUUUCCGAUAAACGACGCUUCUUGGCAUAUGCCUUAUUCAUGUUCUUGAUUUGGGUAGUAUUGUACAAAGUUCCAUUUCCUGUUUUGUUUCAGGAUUUUUGGGGGUAUCAUUAUUACGCUUGAAAGAAUCCAUCCCAUCUCCAUAUCUGCCAAGUCAGGUCUAUGUCACUCAUCUGGACCAUGUCUUGGCGAUCAUCCUGUGCAAUCUCCUUUCCGCCCAUCGUGACUCGCUCUUUUUCUUGCAUCGCAGCCUUUUCAUCCUUAUCGUAGCUGCCUGUCAUUCGUCAUAGCUUACUUGAAAAGUCGCUUUCCUGUACGAGUCGAAAAGCGCUCAACUCCAUCGCCCUGCUGGGCAUGCCAGAGUUGCUGCACGCCUACACCGCGGCUCUCUCCAGAUAGUCUGUAGCGGCGCCAGGCCUCGCGUAGAUGAUCGGGUCGGAGGGGACCGCGCUUGAGAUCAAUCUCUUCCUCUGCUGCAGCAGGGUCGUCGUUUGUCGAGGGUGGAGGUGUAGGUAGUUCGCUCUGCUUCUCUCCAGCGUGGAUCCAUUCUCCCUGUACAUUGCGAGCGGCUUCGAUGAUCUCACCAGCGAAGAGCUUAGCCACUGCUUUGACAGCUGUGCUAACGUUCUGCGGGACCGAUUGAGAGACCGUGGCGUUGACGACCUGUAAAUGUCAGUAUCAAGAAUUGGACCCUCGUAGAGAUAAACAUACUCGUUUGACGACACUAUCAGCCAAUUUAGCUGCACGCCAGAGCUCAUAUCGGUUAUACUGCUGAGAAUCAAAAGCCUCAACAAGCAUAGCUCGCAGUCGAAUCUCCUCCUGCUUCUGCUCCUGCGUUCUGGCAACGACGUCCUCCAGCGCCAUCUCAGCCUUUUCAUCAUCCUCAUCGUCAUCCUCCUUCUCACCCCCUUGUCCGCUCACAGCAGUAGGCGCCCGUCCUCCGACAAGACUGGGCGUCUGUUCACGAGCAUCAUCUGCCUUGGCGUUCUUCGCCUUGCGGCCGCGUUUCUUCUUCGGUGCUGCGCUGGCUGUUGUGCUCACUGCGCUGCCGCUCACAUGGGACUGGGCAUCUACGGAUGGAGAGCGUGGGAAUGGAGAUCGUGCUUCGGGAGGGAAGGAUGUUUGGCGAAGAGGAUGCGCUGCGGAGCUGGUUGAGACGGAGGUCUGGGAGGGUUUGCGGCGCUUGUGAGGAGGUGCGGAGCCGUCGAGAGUUGAUGGGCGCUUCUUGUUGGGAAUCUGAGCGGGUGAUGGGUAGGGAGGUGACAUUCCUGAUGGAGAGGUUGCGUACGGCGGAGAAGCCAUCGUGAUUGAUCGAUAUCGAGAUGUGAAAGGGAGAGGUUCAAAAUGAGAGGCGAUGUAACUAAGCAAGCAACAGCGAGGUAUUCCGAGAAGGCGUUCUUCGAGAAAGAUACGUAUUCUUCGAUAUCGGCGUUCUUCGCAAAGUCGUUCACAAGAUGGCGUCUCUCUUCGUCACGGCUUUCGGAGGAUGAUCCGGUGCAUCAGGCACAUAACGCGUCUGCUAUUCCGAACGGAACGGACGUGAGGUCCAGUCACGUGCGUACCCACAUGAUCGGACCCACGGCGUCAGCGACCGUUUCUGCUGCCGACCAGUGAGAGUCUGAGACAAAAAGCUGCUAGGCCGUUGACGUCAAAAGAGCUGCUGAUAAGAUAAAGCAAACCCGCGUGGGAAAAUAAUUGCAGUUCAUUCCCCGCGAAUCCCGUGGAGCCCCUCUAAUUUUUUCGGCGUUUGGAUCCGGUCAUUGGCUUACAUUUUGGCGUGAGAGAGACAUUUGGACCCUGACUCAAUCGAUUCGGUUUCCGUACUUUACUCUUUUCUUUGGCUUGUGUCUCGUCGUCAAUUAUCGCCUGUUUUUUCUCUUCUCUUGACUUGACUCAUAAAGAAUACAUAGUACUUAUCCCCCCUCUUUCUCCUCCAUCCUCUCUCUCUCCCCAAUUCUCUUUUGCUCUGCUUCUUCAGUUUCACAUCGCCACCAUGCCAACCUCCGAAGACGGAAAGAAGAGAUCCCACGACGUCGCAAGCAUCUCGGGCUCCUCGUCCAGCAGCGACGACUCCCGCAGGCGCCGUCGCGAGCGCAAGGAGAAGAAGAGAAAGAACGGUGACACCACUGUCGCUGUCAAUGGCGCAAAGCCCAGCGCUUUCGCCCAGCGUCGCAAUAGCUUGGCUAAAGCUUCGCGAGAUCCCCGCGAUGAACCUCUCCCCCGGAAGCGCCGCGCUGCUGCACCCCAGAGCGUUCCUGAAGAGGAGGGCGCUGUGGUGAAGAUUAGAUCUCCUAGUCCUGUCAUUGACUUUGAUGGGCUCAGUCGACCCAGUCGGGGAACGAGAGAGCGCAGAGAGGAGACGGAGGAGCAGCAGGCUGCGCGACUGGAACGUAUGAGCGGUGCUGUGCGCACUAUUCUAGAGUGUGUCGGUGAAGAUCCCGAUCGCGAGGGUCUUCUCAAGACUCCAGAGCGCUACGCAAAGGCCCUGCUCUUCUUGACCAAGGGAUACCAGGACAACAUUGAAACCAUGGUCAACGAAGCUCUAUUCAGAGAGGGACACAGCGAAAUGGUCAUCGUCAAGGACAUUGAGAUCUUUUCCCUGUGCGAGCAUCAUCUCGUACCAUUCACCGGCAAGAUGCACAUCGGCUACAUCCCCAACGAGACCGUCAUCGGCCUAUCCAAGCUCCCCCGAAUCGCAGAGAUGUUCGCCCGCCGUCUACAGAUCCAAGAACGUCUCACCAAGGAAGUCGCCCACGCCAUCAUGGAGAUCCUCAAGCCCCAGGGCGUCGCUGUGGUCAUGGAGUCGAGCCACCUGUGCAUGGUGAUGCGCGGUGUCGAAAAGACCACCACCAGCACCAUCACGAGCUGUGUCCUUGGCUGCUUCGAGAAGAAGUCCAAGACGCGCAAUGAGUUCCUCAACCUUAUUGGUAUCAACCGAUAAAGAGUAACACGGUCGCAAAUUUAGGCCGAAGCAAUCUUCAACAUGCUUAUGAUGGAAACGAUAAGCCUAUGAAGAACAUUCAUCAUGUAUAGGAAGGGUGCAUCUCAUAAGAAGUGCAUGCACCGAGUACCAUCACCAUUGAUUUAUCUGCAUUGUCGGCGUUACGGUUCAGGAAAGGUUCUCCUCCAAAGGGCGGUUUUGGGACAAAAGAAAGAAAGAGGCCAUGUCUUCAACAAAUUCGGUCGGGUCCAAGUUGUCAUCAUCAAAUUUUCUAGGAAAACAGGCGGGUACAGCGUUUAUUAGCCAUUGUCCCAUUAGAUGUCCGGGCUCAACGCCCUGGAGAAUAUCAUAUCACAACCAUGUUUAGAGUUUUGAAUUGAAUGAAAUAACCUCAUUAAUAACGUAA